CUGACAAACAAAAAAAAAGUAUUAAAUAAGUAUGUAGGUGUAAAUAUUCUCAUUUUACGGUUACAGUUUACGGUUCAAUUUAUAAUGGUUAAUGGCGAAACGAAAAAUGAUUAAUUGCAUUAACGUUUCGGCCAACACUGCUAACCCUACUUUCGAAUCCCCUCAUUUCGGUCGAAUAAUCUUAAUCUCCCAAUAGAUACAAAGAUAGGGCCUAAUAAGGUGUGACCUAUCUAUACAUAAGUUAUAAAAAGGACACUCGUCAUUCGUACUGGGUCACUCAUUGGCGCCCGCUGUACUUACUGAUCGGUACUUUGUUGUGCUUGUCGGAUCCAAAGCGGUUGACGCUGACAAAAUGUCUUACUUCGGGAAAACGUUCACUUUAGAGAAACAUGAGAAAUUUGACGAGUUUCUUGCAGCUCUGGGAGUACCCAAGGAAAAUAUAGACGUUAUGUGCUCGAAACAAGCCACUCUGACCUUAUCGAAAAAUGGCGAUACCUUCACCCAGUCCGUAGUGAACCAAACUAUCAGUUUUAAGUUGGGCGUCGAGUUCGAUGAGACCGUCGGUGGUAAUCAGGCUAAAACCAUAUGCGUGAUGGAAGGUGAUACCCUGACGCAAACACAGAGGUUUCAAGAUGGCCGCACCAUGACAUUUAAGAAGCAGUUCUCAGACGAUAAGCUUGUCGAGACGGCUACCACCAGUGUUUGGGAUGGCGUUGCCUACAAAUACUACUCUGCGUAGACUUCUCACCUUCUCAGACUUGUGUGAUUGUUUCCAAUAAGAGAUGGGCCGAAUUUUCGGUAAUUGUUCGGUAUAUGCCAAAAAAAAACAUGGUAGGUAUUUUGAAUCCAUACGAUGCUUUGAUUAAUGAAGGGUGUUAAACAUUCGUUUGCGACUCCCUAGCCACUUGAUCUUUUUCAAAUGGUUUAUUAAAAUGAUAUAGAUGAACCGAAAAUUUCGCCCGAAAAUUCGGUUUGGUAAGAUCUGAACCGAAAAUUGACGGAAUAUUCGUAUUCGACAAACUCCAUAUUCGGACCAUCUCUAUUUAAAAUAAUGUUUGUAAAAUUAUAAAAUAUGCUACUAUUUAAUUAAACAUAAACCCACCAA